AUGAAUGAAAGGAUACCAUUCGUCAAUCACUUCAAAAACCACGUAGCCCACAAUGCCCAAGAGGUGGCUCCCUACCUGCGAGGGGCUGGGCGGGGGCAGCAGGUGGUGUUGGAGGGGAAUAGGCUGGUGCUGACCUGCCUGGCUGGAGGCAGCUGGCCCCUGCAGUACCGCUGGACCUUCAACAACAUUAACGUCACGGACUGGGCCCCGCAGUACAGGUUGGCCCUCCCGUCUCUGAAGAGGACGGAUGCUGGCCUGUAUCAGUGUAUGGUGAGGAACAGGAUGGGAGCCGUCAUACACAGGAAGACAGAGGUGCAGGUGGCCUAUUUGGGCACAUUCUCAGCUGAGGAGCAGAGGAAGACGGCGAUUCAGGGCAGACCGGCAAUCAUCAGCCUGCCCCCCCUCGCCUCUUUCCCCCGACCCCUCGUCACGUGGUACAAAGACGGACACAAGAUAAUCCCUAACAACCAAAUUGCAAUCACUUUGGACAAUCAGCUGGUCGUCUUGGCAACCACUGCAGUGGACGCUGGACGUUACUAUGUAGAGGCGGUCAACGAGAGGACAGGAGAGAACGUGACAAGUCCCGCCGUCUACCUGAGCAUCUCAGAUCCUGAAUCAGAAGUUGUGGCUCCGGCGAUUGUGAUCGGACCCAAAAACACAACAGUGGUGGCAGGCAGCGAGGUGACGCUGGAGUGCAUUGCUAACGCCAGACCGAUUGACAGCCUCGUGGUGUCUUGGAAACGCGAUGGGCGUCGUCUGGCCAGUGGGCGUCGGCUUGUUAUUCUUGCCCCCGCCCCUGCUGACACUGGGAUAUAUGUUUGUGAAGCGUUGCUCGGCAACAUCAAUGGCAAACCUGUGGAGGCAAGGGCACAACUCAAUGUAAUCGACUCGCCAUGGAAGGUCUACCUAUCAGAGGUCGAUCCUGUGGUGAGCGAGGUAUCAGUGGGCGGGCUCACACCUGCCAGGACCUAUCAGUUCAGGCUUUGUGCUGUCAAUCAAGUGGGCCGGGGUCAGUACAGCGCUGAGACGCAGAGACUUGGUCACACUGCCUUACGCAAACUGGGAAUGAAUAACCUGGAACCCUUCUAUAGUGAAAAGAGAUAA